AUGUCAUCAAUUACCAAACCCACUAUUCUUCUCGUGCAUGGGGCAUGGCAUGGCUCGUGGUGCUGGAAAUUCCAAAUCCCCGCACUUGAGGCUCUCGGGUACCCCGUAGAGGUCGUGGACUUACCUUGUGUUAGUGGGGUACCUGGUACGACAAAGUUCGACGACGUGGACCAUCUGCGGUCUGUCGUGGAAUCGCAGACAUCUAUGGGCAAGCGCGCCGUUGUCCUAGCGCAUUCCUACGGCGGUCCGAUUGCAAGUGCUGCCAUCAAGGGGCUUUCGGAUAAAGGCGUGCUCGGGAUGAUCGCCCUAUGUGCGUUUGUCCUUCCUGGGGACAUGGACGUAGGCGCGGCGAUUCGCGAUCUUGGCGGUUUGCCCGACGUGGCGUGGGACGUGCCGAGUGAAGGUCUUUUCCAGCCAAAGGACCCCAGAAGCAUGUUCUUUCCACCGGAUGUGCCGGCUGAUCUAGUUGAUUGGGCGCUACCGCAGAUUCGUCCUCAGAGCAUAGCUACCAAUAUGGGGAUUGUGCCCCCUCAAGGCUGGCAGGAUGACUCCUAUACUGGCAGAUUGGGCUAUAUUAGGUGCACAGAUGAUGUCGCCAUUCCGAUCAAACUGCAGGACGCCAUGGUGGAAGGUGCAGGUGGCCAGGGGAAAUGGGUGGUUCGUACUCUCGAAGGAUCCGGUCACAGUCCCUUCCUUUCGCGACCACAUGAAGUGGCCGCUGCAUUUGAGGAGAUUGUGAAUGCUUUUGAAGCCAAGUUUGAGGGGCGCAAUGGGGUAUAG